CAUUCAAACACUAUAAACAAACCAUCUUUCUCUCUUAUGCUCCGCAUUCCUAAACCUUGCUUUUGCUUAGUCCAUAUUUCCGCCAUUAAAAUUCACCAAUUUUCUCUCCUUUAAACCUUUGAGAUUCUGCCUCUUUGGCUCAAUCUCUAGGGUUUACUUUCUCUUCUUCUUUAGUGUUGUUGUUAACUUACUACUGUGCGAUUGCUUUCACUUGAUCAAUUUUGGUGGUUCAAUUUUGGGGGAGGGAAAGGAAUUAUGGAUCUUCCCAGUUUGGCGGUUAUUCUCCAUGCUGCGCUUAGUCCCAAUCCUAAUGAACGUAAAGCUGCUGAAGAUAGUCUCAAUCAGUUUCAAUACACGCCCCAACAUACUGUCAGGCUAUUACAUAUAAUAGUUGAUGGAAAUUGUGAUAUGGCUGUACGCCAGGUUGCUAGUAUUCAUUUCAAAAAUUUCAUUGCCAAGAAUUGGUCGCCCCAUGAACCUGAUGAGCAAUCCAAGAUCUCUCCUGCUGACAAAGAUAUGGUGAGACAGAAUAUACUAGCAUAUGUGACUCAAGUUCCACCACUUUUGAGGGUGCAGCUGGGUGAGUGCCUAAAAACAAUUAUCUAUGCUGAUUACCCUGAGCAGUGGCCUGCUCUUCUUCUCUGGGUGAAGAAUAAUUUACAAGAUCAACAGGUUUAUGGUGCUCUAUUUGUUUUGCGGAUUAUCGCUAGAAAAUACGAGUUCAAAUCAGAUGAUGAGAGGACACCUGUGUAUCUAAUUGUUGAGGAGACAUUUCCUCCGUUGCUCAAUAUAUUCAGCAAUCUUGUCCAGAUCCCAAAUCCUUCACUGGAUGUUGCAGAACUAAUCAAGCUAAUAUGUAAAAUAUUUUGGUCAUCGAUAUAUUUGGAGAUACCCAAACAACUAUUUGAACCAAAUUUUUUCAAUGCUUGGAUGGUCCUUUUUUUAAGCAUUUUGGAGAGGCCUGUUCCUCUAGAAGGGCAGCCUAUGGAUUCAGAGCAAAGGAAAUCUUGGGGUUGGUGGAAGGUAAAAAAGUGGACUGUUCACAUCCUAAAUCGGUUGUAUACAAGAUUUGGAGAUAUGAGGAUCCUAAACCCGGAAAACAAAGCUUUUGCUAAGAUGUUUCAGAAGACUUAUGCAGGGAAGAUAUUGGAGUGUCAUUUAAAUUUGUUAAAUGCGGUCCGUUCUGGGGGUUAUUUACCUGACAGAGUUAUCAACCUUAUUCUGCAAUAUCUAAGCAAUAGUAUUUCGAAGUCCAGUAUGUAUCACUUGUUGCAACCACGACUUGAUGUUCUUCUUUUUGAAGUAAUUUUCCCGCUGAUGUGUUUCAAUGACAAUGAUCAAAGACUUUGGGAAGAGGAUCCUCAUGAGUAUGUAAGGAAAGGCUAUGAUAUUGUUGAGGAUCUAUACAGUCCAAGGACUGCUGCAAUGGACUUCGUGAGUGAGUUGGUCAGAAAACGUGGCAAGGAAAAUUUGCAAAAGUUUAUUCAGUAUGUUGUUGAUAUUCUCAAGAGGUAUGAUGAGACCCCAGUGGAACUCAAACCUUAUCGGCAGAAAGACGGAGCCCUUCUGGCUAUAGGUGCGCUUUGUGAUAAGUUGAAACAGACUGCGCCAUACAAAUCUGAGUUGGAGCACAUGUUAGUUCAGCAUGUUUUUUCCGAGUUUAACAGCCCUGCUGGUCACUUAAGAGCUAAGGCGGCUUGGGUUGCUGGCCAGUAUGCCCACAUUAGCUUCUCUAAUCAGGACAAUUUCCGUAAAGCACUUCACAGUGUGGUGGCUGGGCUGCGUGACCCAGAGCUUCCUGUUCGAGUUGAUUCAGUUUUUGCUUUGCGCUCAUUUGUGGAAGCUUGCAAAGAUUUGGGGGAGUUGCGGCCCAUUUUACCACAACUACUUGAUGAAUUUUUUAAACUUAUGAAUGAAGUGGAAAAUGAAGACCUUGUAUUCACUCUGGAGACCAUUGUUGACAAGUUUGGGGAAGAGAUGGCACCAUAUGCUUUUGGAUUAUGUCAGAAUUUGGCUGCUGCAUUCUGGAAGUGUAUGAGUACUGCUGAAGCUGAUGAAGAGGGUGAUGAUCCGGGAGGUGCAUUGGCUGCUGUUGGCUGUUUGCGAGCUAUUAGCACUAUUCUUGAAUCUGUCAGCAGGCUCCCUCAUCUCUUUGCCCAAGUCGAGCCUACUCUUCUGCCUAUAAUGCGGAGGAUGUUAACUACAGAUGGCCAGGAGGUCUUUGAAGAAGUUUUGGAGAUUGUGUCUUACAUGACGUUCUUUUCUCCUACAAUUUCUCUGGAGAUGUGGAGUCUUUGGCCAUUGAUGAUGGAGACACUGUCAGAUUGGGCUAUUGACUUCUUUCCAAACAUCUUGGUACCUUUGGACAAUUACAUAUCACGUAGCACUGCUCAUUUUCUUACUUGCAAAGAUCCAGAUUACCAACAGAGUCUUUGGAAAAUGAUAUCUUCUAUAAUGGCUGAUAACAAUCUUGAGGAUGGUGAUAUUGAGCCUGCACCAAAGCUUAUAGAAGUCGUUUUCCAAAACUGCAGGGGUCAAGUUGAUCACUGGCUUGAACCAUAUUUAAGGAUCACUGUUGAGCGUCUGCGUAGAACGGAGAAGCCCUUUUUAAAAUGCCUUCUGAUUCAAGUGAUUGCUAAUGCUCUAUAUUACAACCCAACUUUAACACUAGGGAUACUCCAUCAGCUUGGUGUUUCUACAGAAAUAUUUAAUCUUUGGUUCCAAAUGAUACAACAAGUGAAAAAGAGUGGUGUGCGUGCUAACUUUAAAAGGGAGCAUCAUAAGAAAGUUUGCUGUCUGGGAUUGACCUCAUUGUUAUCACUUCCUGCUAACCAAUUACCUGUGGAAGCCCUUGGACGCAUUUUUCGGGUGACACUUGAGCUGCUUGUUGCGUAUAAGGAGCAAGUUGCAGAAGCUGCAAAGGUAGAUGAGACUGAAGAUGAUGAUGACAUGGAUGGUUUCCAGUCUGAUGAUGAAGAUGAAGGCGAUGGCACUGACAAAGAAAUGGGAGUUGACGACGAAGAAGGGGAUGAGGCAGACAGCAAUCGUUUGAGCCGUCUAGCAGCACGGGCUAAAGCAUUCAGAUCGACGGAUGAGGAUUAUGACUCUGAUGAUGAUGAUGAUGAUGAUUUUAGUGACGAUGAGUUGCAAUCUCCAAUUGAUGAGGUUGAUCCUUUUAUAUUUUUUGUUGAUACAGUCAAAGUAAUGCAAGCUUCUGAUCCGUUGAGGUUCCAAAACUUGACUCAAACUCUUGAAUUCCAAUAUCAAGCAUUGGCCAAUGGAGUUGCCCAGCAUGCUGAUCAAAGACGACAGGAGAUUGAGAAAGAAAAAAUGGAAAAGGCAGCAGCCACCGCUACAUCAUAACAUCAUAUGCUGGGAAGUAAGUUGUUACUUUGGCUUUUGUCGACAGUUUCAGUUACAUGUCUAUUCCAUGUGUGCUGCGUUUGGUGCCAUAGAUUGUGGCAAUGACGGGUGAUUGUGAGGCGGUCAUUCAGCUACAAGUUACUAAAAUUUUGCUUUCGAUAUAGUCACAAAUAUCACUGGGCAGGAUUUUCUUGCUUGUCGUAAUGCCAACUACCGGAAUUACAAUUGGCUUGGUUUUACAUCAUCCCUUCCCGGACCUGUAGUUGGGGAACGAUUGGUCUCUUUUUAUGGCUAAAAAUGGAGGUUAUGCUUGCUGGGUGUAUAAUUACUCAUUCUUUAUGUAUGUAUUAGGCAUCAACUAAGUCUAGUCCAUUGUGGCUGUAUUCACAAUUUUGUGUUAAGUAUGGCCUUUUUGUUUUAUUAUUCUGGGAAUUCUGGCUACACCACAUGUGAUUGGUUGGGUCCCUUAAUUUUGAGGGAUUUUUUCAAUUUUGGCAGUAUGUAGCAAGUUAAACUGACUUGUUGCUCAUGUAAGACUUGCUGAUUUUUGUGUCAUAUAUAAUACAUUGAGUUGAGAUUUGCGGCUUUA